CAACACGGAUUCGCGAGUUUCUUAUCACCCUAACAAUGUACCACAGGGAGAUGUGAAAUGGGCGAAAGUCUGACAAAUGUAAGAUCGAUAAGGCAGUUUCAGAGAUCAAUAAAAAAAACAACAACCAUCUUGAAAUUGAUUACAAAACGUUAUUCUGAAUUCCUUAAAUUGUUCAUAAUUAAUUGUGCCUAAUUGGUGAAUAAAUCACAUCAGGACCGCAACUUAUUGUUACGACACGGCGGGUAGAUUAGAGUAGAGGACGAAUAAAUCUUAAAGCAUAUACUCAAACAAAACAUACGAGUUCGCUAUAAAGAAGUCCGAAACGAAAACCGCUCCCGUAACAACAAACUUUAAGAUUUAUUCUUUGAAGUUUAUUAAGACCUCGUAAAAUGAUGCCGGUAGAUCAACCAAUUCCGAAUGAAGUAUCCACUGAUGCUCUGUGCAUUGUAUGCAAGCAGCUAAAUGAGGCAGAUGCCAAGAUGGUGCAGUGCGAUGGAUGCACUCGCUGGAUUCAUUUUUCGUGCGCCGGGGUUGGCGAUAGCAUAGAAGCAGAUGAUAGAAGUUACCAUUGCGUAGUAUGUCGACCGAGGGGUUCGCGUGCACCAUCAACGGCGAAAUCGACAGCGUCGACGAGCGCAAGUGCACGACAAGCAAAACUGCAGUUGGAGAUGCAGCAAUUGGCAGAGGAAAAGGAACUCCAGGCCAAGAUGGUGGCUGAAAAAGCAGACCAGGACAAGGAAUUGCAGGAGAAAGCUAUACGAAUGGAGAAGGAAAGGAAGGAGAAGGUGAGGGCGGAUCAACUGAAGUUAGAGAAGGAGUUCAUGGAUCGGAAGUAUAAGUUGCUUCACGCGCAAUUGAACGAGGAUGCCAGAACGAGCUCAAGAGUGAGUGUAAGAAGCGGUGAUACAGCCAAAAGUGUCGAAAAGGUUCGAUGCUGGAUCGACAACCACCAAGGGAUUAUGAAUACCAAAUCUGGAAAAGUUAUUUCCACUGGAUUCAUACCGGAAGCGGGUGAUGAUGUCGUACCAAAGCCAGUAGUACCGGUAGAAAACACAGUAGUUCAAAGCAGUUCGUCUACUGUUCCAGCUCGAGUCAACAAUAAAACGGGGGAAGCGAGUAAUAUUGUCGCACGGCCUAGUGUACUUGCGAAACUGUUCGAUGACGUCACUUCACCCAUCACCAACGUAAACCGAGAAACUUCCGUUAGCGACGGAAAUCCAAUCCUAUCACUCCCAUCAUUGGUUCAAUCAACGCCCCGGACAGCACCUGUAUCGUAUACGAGUAUUCCCAUCGUUCAGCGUAAAGUAUCGUGGCAGAAUCCGUCGGCAGCUCCACAAUUGACUCCUGCAGUAACUGCAACCGUCGUUAGCAGUUCAUUGCUUCCUCAGAUUCCCGCAUAUAGCGAAUACAUCCAACCACGAGAUGAAAAGCGCACAUGGGUGGAUUCUCACACUGGUCAGUACAAUUUGUAUGUAGUACCCACAUCGACCAUGGUGAGUACCAGCAGUUCAGCCUCAGUAAGAUGCACUGGAGAACCAAUCGCACAUAGCUAUGUUCAACCAUCAUACAUUUACACUCCAUCGUUAGAACAGUUAGGGCACUCUCAGGUACCUAGGAAUGAACCACUGUUAUACACCGGUUCCGAUAACUAUUUCAUAAGUAGAAACCAGCCUGUAGGUUUCCCGAAUCCUCUGGUGCCCCAGAAUGCUCUUCAAGCAGUCUCUCAUACACCUUCGACAAUAUGGGGGGAUCCUCGACCUCCACUUCGUGCUCCUGUAGUGAGUGUGUCAAGUUACCAAACACCCAUACCGGCUGUAGCAAAUACACAGUGGCCGUACGAGCUGUCUCAUUCUCAGUCGUUAUACGGUCCAAAUACCCAGCAGUUGGCAGCACGCCACGUUGUUCCCAAAGAACUUCCAUGUUUUGCUGGGGAUCCAAUCGAAUGGCCGAUGUUCUGGAGCAGCUAUGAAACAUCCACGCAGAUGUGUGGGUAUAAUGAUUCGGAGAACUUGAUGCGACUGCAACGUUGCUUGAAGGGGGACGCAAGGAAAUCAGUGAGUAGUUUUCUCCUUCAUCCUUCGAACGUCCCAGAGAUCAUCAAUACGCUUCGAGUUCUAUAUGGACGGCCAGAAGCAAUUAUAAAUUCCCUUUUAGCAGAAGUGCGCGCAACACCGACCCCACGACCAGAUAAACUGGGAACCAUUAUCAGUUUCGGUCUGGCUGUUAGAAAUUUCUGCGCUCAUCUAGUUUCGACGGGACAGCAGUUGCAUUUGGCUAACCCGAUCUUGAUUGAGGAACUGGUCGAGAAGCUUCCAGCAAACAUCAAGCUUGAUUGGGCGAUGUAUAAACAACGAGUGCCGAACGUAGAUUUGAAGACCUUCGCAGAUUAUAUGAAUGUGAUCGUAACGGCUGCCAGUAGCGUUACACCAGUUUCCGCUAAACUCGAAAAACCAAAAGGGAAAGCGGAGAUACAUACAAUGAACAUUCAGAACGAUGAGGCAACAGAGAAGCCAGAAUCAUACAUCCAAACAAGAACUGCACGUCCUUGUGUGGUUUGUCAUACAGGGGGACACAAACCGAAGGAUUGCACAAUUUUCAAGUCGAAAACGUUAGAAGACAGAUGGAAGGUGGCUCAAGGCUUGAGUCUCUGUAGACGCUGUUUAUAUCCGCAUGGGAAAUGGCCGUGUAAAGCAUUGGGUUGCGGGGUUAACGGUUGUCAGCAACGGCAUCACCGAUUGCUUCAUCCAGGCGAACCACGAGAACCGAAAACAGAAAUUUCGGUUCCAACUUCUGGCGUAAUCUCAGUUCAUCAACAACAGCAGCAAGUACUCUUUCGCAUUAUCCCGGUAGUCCUUCAUGCCAACGGUCGAUCAGUACGAACUUUCGCAUUCUUGGACGGUGGCUCUGAUUCCACUUUGGUAGAGAGAUCUUUGGCUGAACAACUAGGUGUACAAGGUCCAACAUCUCCACUAUGUAUGCAGUGGACCAACGGGGUCAAGCGUGUAGAAGAAGAAUCUCAGCAAAUUCAACUGAACAUUUCAGGAUUGAGUAUAGACAAACAAUUUACCAUUCGCAGAGUGCAAACCAUCGACGGGCUCGAGCUACCACGCCAAUCUUUGAAUUUCGAGGAAUUGCAGAGCAAAUACCCGUACAUGAAAGGGCUGCCAGUUCAAAGCUACAACGAAGCCGUUCCCGGUUUAUUGAUAGGACUGGAUAAUACCAGAUUAAAGACCACACUAAAGCUGAGGGAGGGUCGCGAGCACGAGCCAGUAGUCGCUAAAACCAGGUUGGGCUGGGUUCUGUAUGGUCGUUCUGGGGAUAAAACAGGUACAUCUUCACAGCGAGUUCUGCAUAUUCGUACGAAAUCACGAGACGACGAGUUACAUGAACUGGUGAAGAGUUUUUUCUCUAUGGAAAGCAUUGGCGUUGCGGUGACUCAGACGAAGGAAUCGGCCGACGACAUGCGCGCUCAGAAGAUUCUUCAAUCCACAACGAUCAGAACUGAAACCGGCAGAUUCGAAACUGGGCUUUUGUGGAGAUUCGAUAAUGUCAAGUUUCCCGAUAGCAGACCCAUGGCUGAGCGCAGAUUGAGGUGCUUGGAACGUCGGCUUCUUAAAUCACCAGACUUGUACGACAACGUUCGGCAAAAAAUGACUGACUACAUAUCCAAAGGGUACGCACACAAGGCAACUACAUGUGAGCUGGAUGAGAUGGAUCCCAAGCGGACGUGGUUUUUACCAUUGGGUGUCGUAGUGAACCCCAAGAAACCUGAUAAAAUUAGGGUUGUCUGGGACGCUGCUGCGUCUAUACAAGGGGUAUCGUUGAACUCCGUUCUUCUGAAAGGACCGGAUCUACUAACAUCUCUACAAGGUGUCUUGUGUCGGUAUCGACAAAGGAAAAUCGCUAUAAGUGGCGAUAUCAUGGAAAUGUUCCAUCAAGUGCUCAUCAGAAUGCAGGAUCGUACAGCCCAAUGGUUCCUUUGGCGGGACAGUCCAUCUGACCCGAUUGAAGUGCACGUUAUGGAUGUUGCUAUAUUUGGGUCAACGUGUUCACCAAGUUCAACGCAGUUCGUGAAGAAUUUGAAUGCGCGGGAGUAUGCGGCAGAAUAUCCGGAAGCAUCACAGGCCAUACAGGAAAACCAUUAUGUGGAUGAUUAUCUGGACAGCGUCGAUACGAUCGAGCAAGCUGUUCAGCUAGCUCUGGACGUUAAACAAGUUCAUGAAAAGGCAGGAUUCGUUAUUCGGCAUUGGAUGUCCAACUCCGCAGAGGUGUUACUGCGAAUCGGAGAGCAGAACACGAAGUCAGUUAAGAGCUUCACGAUGGACAAGGGCAGUAAUCUGGAACGGGUUUUGGGAAUGGUAUGGCGACCACAAGAGGAUGUCUUCGUAUUCUCGUCGGCUUUCCGCAAUGAUUUACAACGUCUACUGGAAGAGUCCAUAGUGCCAACUAAACGGCAAUUGCUGAGCUUAGUUAUGAGCGUUUUCGACCCGUUAGGAAUGGUCGCUCCGUUUGUGGUGCAUGGUAAGACAAUAGUCCAAGAUGUGUGGAGAUCCGGAAUUGGCUGGGACGAACCGUUACCGGCGAAUAUCGUACCUCAAUGGGAGCGAUAUGCAAAACUUUUAGGAACGCUUAAUACAGUGAAAAUACCCAGAUGCUACUUUCCUGGAUACCAACCGGAAGCAUACAAUUCGCUUGAACUGCACGUCUUCGUCGAUGCUAGUAAUUCCGCAUAUGCUGCCGCAGCGUACUUUCGGAUUCUGGACCACGGAGAAGUACGCUGUAGUUUGGUGGCUGCAAGGAGCAAGGUAGCCCCUAUCAAGUUGUUGUCAGUCCCGCGAUUAGAGCUGCAGGCAGCCGUGAUUGGAACACGACUUAUGAAAUCUAUCAUCUCAAAUCACACGAUACGCAUCAAGCGUAAAAUCUUAUGGAGUGAUUCAGCUACAGUCCUUAACUGGAUACGAGCAGAUCCACGGAACUACAAGCAGUUCGUAGCGUUCAGGGUAACAGAAAUCCUGGAUGAAACGGAGAUCAGUGACUGGAGGAAGGUGCCAACAAAGAUGAAUGUUGCUGAUGAAGCUACAAAGUGGGGACAAGGCCCAUGCUUUGAUGAACACAGCAGGUGGUUCAACGGACCGGAGUUCUUGUAUAAACCGGAGUCUGAUUGGCCAGAGGAAGCAAUUGAACAACCUACUACUGAAGAGUUAAGGGUGGCCUAUUUGCAACAGCAGAUAUCAACACAGCAGGUCAUCGAAUUUGAGCGUUUCUCGAAGUGGGAGAGGUUACUUCGCACUAUGGCAUUCGUCCUACGGUUUGUUUUGCCACAGUUGUCUCAAGAUGAAUCGAAGUCGAAUGAAGGCAUGUUCCUGAGAAAAAAAGAAUUACAACGAGCGGAGUCAACUAUAUUUAAGAUAAUCCAAAGUUGUGAAUAUCCUGAAGAGUGCCGCAUACUGCGUAGUAAUCGAGAAGCGCAUCCAGAAGAACGUAGACAGAUUCAGAAAAACAGUCGUGUCUUCAAACUACUCCCAUUCAUGGAUCCAACGGGUGUCAUGCGAAUGGGAUCUCGCAUCGCUGCAGCAGAUUGUAUUCCUGAUGAUGGAAAAUUUCCUGUGAUCUUGCCUAAGGACCAUUAUGUCACACAAUUGGUGAUUAAUUGGUACCACAGGAAAUAUGGACACGCUAACAAUGAAACCGUAGUAAACGAACUUCGACAGAAGUUCCACGUUUCAGAGUUACGAACGGCCGUCAAGAAGGUGGCAAAAUGUUGUAACUGGUGCAAAAUUCAUAAGUGCAAGCCACAAAUUCCGCCAAUGGCGCCCCUUCCUCUUGCCCGUCUCACGCCGUACGUCAGAGCCUUCACAUUCACGGGACUGGAUUAUUUUGGUCCAAUAACUGUUCGCUUUGGACGAGGUGUUGUCAAAAGAUGGGUAGCGUUGUUUACCUGCCUAGGAACCCGAGCAGUACACUUGGAACUCACUUACAGCUUGUCGUCUGAAUCCUGCAAGAUGGCAAUACGCAGGUUCAUUGCCCGUCGAGGAGCACCACAGGAAAUUUAUUCAGACCAAGGAACUAACUUUCAAGGGGCGAGCGCGGAGUUAAAACAGCAGAUAAGCACCAUCAGUCGCGAUCUAGCGGAGACAUUUACAAAUGCGGAAACACAAUGGAAACUCAACCCACCGUACGCCCCACAUAUGGGUGGCAUAUGGGAACGACUGAUUCGCUCAGUGAAGACCGGCCUGGCGAACAUGGAGUUGUCAAGAAAUCCAGAUGAGGAAACUUUGGUAACGGCCCUUGUGGAGGUGGAAUCCUUGGUGAACUCGUGUCCAUUAACUUACCUACCGGUCGACAGUGAAGAAGGCGAGGCCUUGACACCAAAUCACUUCCUACUGUUGAGUUCGAGUGGAGUGGUUCAGCCAGAAGUCCGGCCAACGGAAGACAGUGCGCUGCUAAGAUCCAAUUGGAAGCAUGUACAGCUUAUGCUAGACAGGUUUUGGAAGCGGUGGAUCCAAGAAUAUUUGCCUGUUAUCUCCAGGCAACCGAAGUGGUUUGGAGAGGUGAAACCCAUUAACAUCGGAGACCUGGUCAUUGUUGUGAACGACGGCGUGAGGAAUAGCUGGAUCAGAGGUAGGAUUGUCAAAGUGUAUCCUGGACGUGAUGGACGAGUUCGCAGUGCGGAUGUGCAAACUUCUGGUGGUAUCAUGCGUAGACCGGCGAUUAAGCUCGCUACCUUGGAUGUAGCCAGGGAAGCAGGUACAGCUUAA